AUGGUGUAUACUAGGAAGUCUGAUCACCCCUGGUUUAAGCGCCCAGAACUCUUUGUACCUCAGUGGGUGAUGGGAUACGCCAUAGAGACCCAACGUGUAUCGCGCUGGUCUUGGAAGCAGCAUGAACACCUCCGAACAUGGCACGACACAGGGGAACCACCGUUCCAGAUCAUUUCUAUUGACGUCGAUCACAUCCUAGUGGAGGAUGAUGAGGUGCAGAGCUUCCAAAUUGGUAUCUCUAUCCUUGAUACAGAGCCUCUUGGGGAUGUGUUGACCCAGCCGCCUGAGCCUGAUGCCAACCUGGCUGCUCGAGUUGUGCAGUCUCAUCAUUGGGUCGUUGGGGAUGAAGGCUACCCUUCUGAGUAUGAGAGUCAGUUCAUUUUUGGAAGAAUGAGGUAUGUUCCGAUGGAUGAGUUCGAAACGAAUAUCAUGGAUGUCAUCCAGGCCUCGAAUUUCUUCCUCAUCACCCACGGAGAAAACAAAGCCCUCCCAUUCUUGAAAAGUCGUGGCAUACAUCUCCAGCCUCUCAAUAUCAUCGACACUGCCCAGGCCGCACAGGAAGUCCUCCGCCUCCUCACCAGUCAAACAAUGAGCAAGGACGAGGUGGCCAGAGAAAUUGGAGUUCCAUGUGAAGCUCCUGACUUGGCUGGAAACGAUGCCCACUUAUCUCUUCGCAUUCUUCUCAUGCUUAUUGCCGAAGACGUCGAUCGACAUCUUCAUCGUAAGGAUGUCCCGAUGGAUCAGUGGGCUCUGAUUUUGAAGAGGAUUGUUAAUUCACCACCCAAGAAGCGAAAGUUGAGAAGGAUGAGGAGGUCUCCUUCCACAGAUUCUACACAACAAAGUAGCGGACAAGGCGAUAACGAGGCCUCCUCCACGACUUGUAUUCAGGCGUCGUCUCCGCCUUCUACAGAACAAAGUGGCGGGCAAAGCGAUAACGAGGUCUCCCCCGCGAAUCGUACUCCGGCGUCGCCUCCAUCGAGUAUUGGAUAG